GUUCGCCAUUCGUUAGCUGACUGGACACAGGACGGUCGUGUGUUUGUUCAUCAGUUUUGUUUUUCCACUGUAAUUAUCACAACCAAAAUCAAAAACAGUCAUUAUUUUCGUUCAAACACAUACUUCAUCAACAACAACACAAUACAUUUUUUUAACCUCGGGUUCAUUCAACCUUUUUUCCAUUAAUAUUCUGUUUUCAUUCGGCAAGGUUUUUCAUCAUCAUCAUCCGAUCGAUUGUCUUCUGAUGACCAUUACCAACAACAAUGGAUGAUAAUCUCAACAACAACAAAUGGCGGCCAAUUCAAAUGAUGAAAUCAACAUUAGCGACAUUUCGAUCACGGCAUCGAUUAUCGGUCAUUUCUAAUCAUCGAUCCAUAUCAUUAUCAUCAAUAUGGUUGACCAUUAUGAUCAUCAUUUCCACGAACAUCACUAUUCAACACGCCAUUGCCAAUGACAACAACAAUACAGCGGACAACACAAUGGUCAUAUCGUUGGAAGAUUUGUCCACAGUUUCCGACGAUAUCGAAAUGAUACACGACGAUAGUGAUGAUCCAGAUCGUGCAUCGUUAUUGAGGCAGCCAAUUCGAUCGCUAUUCGUAGCACCACCAACAUCAUCGAAACGAUCAUCAUCCGGCGAUUCGAAUAUUCGCCCGGUUAGAUUCAUCAAUUUCACACAGAUUUUGAUCAAUCGCAAUCGUCGACUUAAUCUGACCACUACCAGCACUAUUUCCCCGCCACAUUCCCCAUCAUCGGUGACCAAUAUCCGUAAUAUUCGAAAAAAAUACAUUCGUCUCGGCGGCGGCGGCAAUCUUAAUUCGCACACAACCGUUGUGCCUCGAUUGACUACUUUGGUGAAAACUUUUCCAUCUUCUGCCAUCACAUCGACGACCACAAUCAAUCCAAACACAGAGGAUAUGCGUCAAGGCCGUUCCAAUCAUCAGUUUGGCCAGAAAAAGAAGAAAAAGAAAACACUGAUCAAGGUUAAAGUGAAAAAUGGGGAUGAACAACUUCUGUUCUAUGAUCAUCAUUCGACGGCUGCCAAACAACCAUCCACAACAACCACAACAUCGACUACGUCGACUACACAAACUCCCACUACCACCACUACUGCCUCCUACAUCACAACAACAACCAAGGAACUAAGCAGAAAGAAAAAACAGGACCAUCAUCACCAAUCAUCAGCCGACGAUGAUUCCACAACAACGGUGCCCGAAGAAGAAGCGGAAGAAGAACCCGAUGCAGUCGAAAUAGGAGAGGAGGUGGAAAUCGAUGAUAACAGUGGCGAUCAGACGCUUAUUCCGACCACAACCACCACCACCACUCAGAUGCCGACCACUACUUUAAAACGUGAAGAUGUUUAUGAAACAGUUCCCAUAACACUUCCUCCUCAAUAUGAUGAUUCUCGUGAUGAUGGCUAUUUCAAACGUCGACGACCAACCACCACCACCACCACCACUAGCACCACAUCCACUAGCACAAGUAGCCCUACUGAAAUUCCUUCGAUGAUGACACUAGAGCCAAUGAUGGAACAAUUUUCGCCGCAUUAUCAUCAUCAUCAUCCUGAUGUUCACCCGGAUUUGAUGGCCGAUCAAAUUCCAAUGUUUCAUCCCAUGAUGUCUUCAUCGCCCCCAUAUCACCAUCAUCAUGCCAGACCUGCUCCAAUCAUACCGUUUAUGCCACCACCGCCCCAACCGCUACAGCCAAUGUCAGGUCAUCCAGGAUUGAUGAUGGCCGGGCCACCACCACUAUCAUCACCCGUUCCCCGUCAAUGUCAUUUCCGUAUGGAGACAAUAUGUCCGACCAUGAGUAUGGCUCGUCGAUCACAAUUUCAAUGUUUCGGUGAUGGUAUUAUUCAUUGCGAUGGUCGAGUCAGUCGUAUGUGCCGCCUGUUCGAACGGCAAUCUCAUCUACGUGAUCAGGGCAUGAUGCUAGAUGCAAUGCAAUCAUCAAGUUCCACCACAACCGAUAUGCCCCCACCCAUGAUACGAUAUUAUCGACCAGAUCCUAAUAAUUAUUUCUAUUGCAAUCAGCCAUUGAUGACCGAUGAAUGUGUUGGGAUUGCUGAAUGCGUUUCGGAUGCGUCAUCCGCAUUCAUGGCUGAUAUGAUGGCAGGCAAUUCAUUGACCGAACCAGAUGACCAAGACGACGAACCAGAUAUUGAAUAUAAAAAAGCAUCGCCAUCCAAACUAAAUUAUCGACCAAAACCUUAUGGAAAGAAUUCUCCGGCCAAACAAACCGAAUUGAAAGUAAAUCACGACCAGGAUGAGGAUGACGAAACUGUCAACAAACCGCCACAAUAUCAUUUACCAUCCGAUAAAUUGAACUCGAAAUUCGACGGUAACAUAACCACUACUGUUAUUCCGACCACUGCUAUUCCGUUGACAACUGCAUCUAAAUUCGAUGAGGAAUCAUCCAGUAACCAUAUCGAAGGAGGAGGAGGACAUCAAUCAUCUUCGUUGCGAUCAAAUCAACCGAAUGAUCUUCUACCGCCGCAGCCACCCGCAGCAACAACAACUGUCGCUCAUCAUCGUUCACCGCAGCCACUUUCACGCGUCCAAGUCGGUCUGAUCGGUGCAUUAAUAGCCCUAGGUUCAUUAAUGUUUGUUAUGGUUGCCGCACUGGCAUAUUAUUCAUGGAAUCAACUCAAAAUCAUGCCAAGCGAACAACCAAUCCACCAAGCAAACCAUCAUCGAACAUCAGCAAGCAACUCGAUGCACAAAACAAACAUCGAUAUCGUCGACAAUCCGCCACCAAACAGCAAAACCGUCAAAUUCAUCGAGUGAAAAAUCCUCCAUUUUGUUCAUUUCCAAAUCGAUAACUUUUCUCUGUUAUUCGUCCAGCUCAAUGCAUUCAACCGGGCCAUUAUCGU